CUGCAAACCUACCUGCCUAGGUGUGUACCACUCAUCAAUGGGCUCCUCUCUGCCUCUGGUGCUGGGAAAAGAAGGAUUUGGCAUCACCAGAACUUUCCAGAGAAACUUGACUUUUGCUAGUCUGCACCACUGAAUCCAGAGGUAUUUGUGAUUACCAAACUGGGAAGAGCAAGGAUAUUACCAGGUUUACAUUAUAUUUCACAGCUGUACCAACUCGUUAUAACCUUGCCAGGAGCCUCCGGUGACAUCAAAGCCUUGAUUAGUGGAAACAUGCUUUAAAACGUCUGAGAUUUCCAAAUUGUCUAGCUAGAAGUUUGCUAAGGAAAUUUACCAAAAUGGAUCACAUCCUGGACAGAUCAGAUGAUGAGGACAACACUUGCCCUGAAAAUCCUCCAGCUGACUCCCUUCAAGAGGCAGCCACUAAAAAAUGGGAUAUGUUGGAGUUGGAAGCUGAGCAUGACCAGGACCUGCAGAGUAAACAGGAUGAGCAAGAAACACAUGAUGCUCAACGUGAGGACCCUCAACUGUCCACAUCUUUGCAGUUUUCAGAGAACAUCCCUAAACUGAGUCAGGAGAACAUGUUUUUCCAGCUUAACCACUGGAAUACACAGAUGGGUCUACAAGUGAAAGAACUCGGAGAUGAUCACAUGGGCUGGAUGAAGAAAAUUAACAGUAUUAUACAAAAAGUAACCCUAUCAGAAAGCACAGUGAAGAGCUUAUUAAGUGAGGUGAUGUCCUUGGAGGGCCAAGUUGAAAAGCUGGAGUUACACCAGGGCCUUGACCCUAACAAGGGGGAAAACAUCAAGGAGAAGAUUGUGGAAAUUAAAAAGCAACUAGGAGAAAUGGAUAACAAAUUUGUCCAGGUUGAUGCUUGUAAUGAAGCUCAUGAACUAAAGGAGAAACUUGUUGCAAAAAUAGAGAACUUCUGCAAGGACAUGACUGUGAUGAAUAAAAGACUGGGGAUGUACCCAUUGAGAGAAGAGCACCCAGACUCUCGGAGUCCUGAGGAAACGGGUAGGGAAGAAAUGGAGCAUCUGCUUCUUCAGGCUCCCCUGAUCCCUUCAGUGCAGAACUCCCCUCCUCGCAGUACCUUGUGGAAACGUGCACUGAGGAUUUUCAUCAUAUUUUAUGCCCUCACCUUCACUGUACUUUCAUGUUACAUAUUAUUUUUUGAUGCCACGUUUAUCUUUGAAAGGGUGCUCCCUACAAUGCUUGGGCGUCGCAGAACGUGGGAACUACGGGAGAUUAUUGUGCCUUUCUUAAAUUUGGAAGUGGAAGACUUGUUGCCCUCCUAAAGACGCAGAAGUUGCUGUUACACUACUGACUUUCUCCCCAAUAAAAUUCCGGCUGUUCUUGUA